AAGGAAGAAAUCAUAAGGAAGGAAUUAUCUGACAUAAUACUGUCUAAAGGAGCUGGAGGGAGUAAGUCGAAGAAGAACAAAGUAAACCUUCAGACACUAGAAUCAUGCUUUCGACAACGAAAUUGUGGCAAACAUUUUGAAAGUAUUCACGGUAAAGGUUUGUUGACUUAUCUUCAUCAAUUAACUGACUAUUUCACUUUGACAAAGCAAAGUAGUCAGUGGUUCGUCCAUAUUAACUCCGAUACUACACCCAAAGAAUGUACCCAAACUCAAAGCUCUAAAGAAACGUCUAAAAUGUCUUUAUCGAAAUCUAAAAAGGACCUCCGUGCAAAGAAAACAUUAAGUAAUCAAGCUUUGACAAGACCUAUUCAUGAUCACAAGAAAGAAAGUUCCUAUAUUCCAAACAAAUGUACUGAAUUCGGUGAUUUUUUAGACAUGGUAGGACGUUUCCACGACGGCCAUUAUCUGCUAAUGAUCUCAAAAAUGGAUUAUAUCAAACACGAGGAAGCACUUACAAAUAUUCCUUGGCUUUGCGUGUUUGAUUUUGAUGAAACGAGUUUUACAGAGGGCUUGUUUUAUAGGAUUGAAGAUAUAUUAAGAGCUAAACGGGGAGCAGUAUACCCAUGUACGUGGAAAGAACCCCCAAAUAUCCAGGCAUUUGGGACUGAGUGGUGCUUUAUUUCCGGUUCUGCACACGCUCCGGGUAGUAGCACGCCUGCCAAUUUUAAAAUGUGGUAUUCACAUAUUCAAGACAGUUUUGAAAAGCAUAUCACAUAUAUGACAAAAUUGCUAGAUACGGUGAUGAAACUGACGGUAAUAGCAUUUUGGCCGGAAGAUAACGAUACUGGUAAAAAGUUUCAUAAAGUGUUAUCGGUAUUGACUGAGUCUAUCAGACCUCUUCCACAGGUUGUUGUUAUCAUUGAUAAUCCAACAACAUUAAACAAAUCUUUCAUAGAGGCCAUAGAACCAGAUUAUACUCUGUUCGAAAAAUGUGAGCACAUUUUCCAUGAUCUGUCGACCAAUGUAAAACAUCGGCAUGGAUCAAAACGAUCAUCCUAUGAAUUGCCUGCGGCUGACGGUCCUAGACCUACUCGUAUUGAUAAUGCAUCAGCUGCCACAUUCAGAGAUAGUAUGCAGGUUUUGUAUCUUGACAAUCCAUUCCAUACUGACCUUUCAGAUCUGACUGCAUCUGAAGAAGAGGAAACACUAUUUCUCAAAGGUGGCACCCUAAGUUGGGAGGCUUACUACAAUUACGGUCCAGAACAUUUCUAUGUUGCGAGAGAUAUUUGCCCUGUCAUUGUGAAUGAUAUACGGAGAGAUUUCAUAGAUACCUGUAAUGCGGGUGAUGUCACGAUAUAUCAUGCCCCAGGUGCUGGCGGUACUACCCUUGGACAAAACAUCAUCUGGAAUUUACACGAAUUAACACCGUGUGUUCAGGUAAGGUCCGACACUUUGGUAAGUUCAAAGAAAAUUGCGAAACAAAUCAAUACACUUCAUACAGAAACACAUCUUCCAAUCGUCGUUUUGUUUGAUGGAUCAUCAAACGAUAAUGCAUUUGACUUCAUACGGAGAAAAUGUAAUGACAUAUGUGUCAUUUUCAUCCAUUUGAAACGUGUUUCUGCUAUAGGAAAGAAUUUGAAGACACAUGAAUAUUUCCUUCCAGGAGCAUUGUCAAAAAACGAAGCGAAACGUAUGGGGCCGAAAUUCAUCAGGUAUUGUGGGAAUGAUAGUAAGAAAAAAGACCAAAUUCAAAAACUUGUAGAUGAAGUUGUUUCCGGCCAGAAACAUCAUCUCAUAGAGUUUGGAUUAGUGACGUUUCGAGAUGAAUUCACAGGAGUAGGCCCGUAUGUGUAUGCGUGCCUUGAAUUUGACAAUCAGAGUAAAGAAUUCGACAACUAUAGGAAAGUACUUGGAUAUCUUUCUCUUGUCCAGGUUUUCGGUCAAGGAAUCAUGCCUUGUCAGUUGUUUGGAACUAUGCUUGGGAAAUCGCCAGAUUACACGUUCCAUUAUGAGAAAUUCCACCGAACUAUCAAAGAAUUCACGGUACCCGUAGAUUCAGAUUUUACUCGAAAUAGUGUUCGUAUAUGUCACUAUUUAAUAGCCAAAGAAAUCCUUGAUCAGGUUCUGUCCAACGGGGCAAGUGUUGAAAAGAGUCCGGAGUUGAAAAUGAAGGCCAAACAAAACUUAAAAUCAUUUGUUUUGGAAUUUAUUGAAGAUCUUAGAAUUAGGCAAGACCAUCUUGGUAACAUUUCAAGGACAGUAUUUGAUAUCAUAUUGCAAACUUUCAUAUAUAGAGAGGAUCGUUCUAACCAGAAUCAACAAGGAAAAGGUCGAUCAAAAUUUUCAAGGCUGAUAGAAAGUAUACCAUCUGAACAACCUUUUACUGAACGUCUCCAAGUUAUGGAGACCCUGGCAAAAUCAUUUCCUGGUAGCCCAAGUCUUUGGGCACAUCUUGGUAGAGCGUAUGCAAUACUACGCCUGAACGAAAGGGAGAAAACUGAAUCUUAUUUCCGAAAAGCAAUUGACGGUUGCAAGGAACAGCGCCAAUCUCUCGUGGAUAUUGACGAAAAAGAUACCGUGCUAAGCUAUGUGUUCCACAUGUAUGGAACAUUCUACCUGAGACAGAUUCGUGCAGAAAUCGAACAGGGCCAUUCAUGCAACGAGAUUAAAUUCCAAGAUCUUAUGAGAAAUAUUUUAGCAUUAGCAAAAACUGCAUGCAGAUCAUUUGAUGAUUCAAGAAGACUUCGAUUUGCAGGCUAUCAAGAAUCUUUUGGAUGCUUUGGGGAAAUAGAUGUACGCCUAGCAAUAUGCGAGUUUCUCAAAAGGCAUUAUCGUUUCAAAACCAUUCAAGAACUUCUUGAGAUAUCGAAAAAUAUCGAUUUCAAAUCAUUUGUUGAAGAAAGUUUAUCGCUUGUCCAGCAAUUGUUCCUACGGUGCUAUAACGUUGUUGAUCAAUCUGAAAUCAAAGACGAAUUCUACAAAAAAAUCGCACUGUAUAACACACUUUUUAGGGGAAUGAUCCCAAAUAAGUACUUAGACAGCAUAAACCUCCCUGAUAAUAUCCACACCAGAGGGGUCAAAAUAGCAGCAAUCAAGCUGAAAUACGGAAAUGGUGAACAACUUGGAACUAUCAAUGAUAUAACUGCAGAAACAGAUAUCAAAAGCCUGAUUUCUCUACUUGAACAAAAUAUUGACGAUAGUAAAACGGCAAAUGAGUUGACUUCCAAAACCGGUUUAGACCAUGAUCUUCUUGAUUGGAUACAUGUCAUUCGACUUGCAAAUCAGAGACGACUUUACACGAUAGAAGAUGUACUUGUAAACGUUCGCUGGUGGUUCAAACUUGUCCGCAGCCCUUACGCUCGUUUAUAUCGGUUCGUCCUUCUCUUUCUGUAUGCAGUACCCCUGGAUGGUCCGUGCAACCAAGAAAUGCUAAGAGAAGCUGUAUCAUUGAAGAAGGACAAGGAAUGGUAUCCAGCAGCUAAAACGCUAUCCAAUCCGGAGCGACCGAGAGAAUGGUUAGGAACAGAGCAUGGGAUAAGAUGCCUUCUACCGGGGGAAACUUUCAAAUGCGACGGAAGGAACAAAUUCAUCAAUGAUGAAGUCGCAAGGUACAGACUUCGUGUGAUGAAGGGAACGAUCGGGUCCCCUAACACAUACCGUAAUGAUGGCUACAUACGUAUGGAUGUAGCUGGCAACGUUGACGUUCCAGUAAACGUUCACUUCUGUCCUGUUCGAACGAAAGAUAACCUCGUGGGACAGGUUUAUGCAGGCAGACGUGUCGAGUUUACACUUGCAUUCACGGCACAAUCAGGAUUCGAGGCAUACAAUGUUAUGACAUUGGAAAAAUCUGCUUGUAAAUGCUGUGGGCGUAAAAUUGAGAUUAUUAGCAUAGAAAAGAGCAGAACUUGCCAAUGUGGAGAAACUGUUGAAAACGAUGUUUGUGUUCAGAUUCGAAAAAAAAUCUAUGGUGGGAAAAGGUCUUUGGUUCGUUAAAUGUACAUUUGUAAGAAAGAAAGCACGCUCUAUUACAUUCAAAUCAUAAAGCGUAUCAAUAAGGUAAAGACAGUUUUUGGUUUGGGUACAUUUUUCGAGGUACAUCAAAUACACAUACCGGGACAUUUUUCCAAGGUAAUUUGUGUUGUGUAAAAAAAAAGACCAAAAUCCAGACUGUACAUUCACACAUUAGUUUUCCAAAUGUUUAUCGAUAGUUGCAUAUAUUUGCUCCUUUUCUGUCGAAUUAAAUGGACUUAAUGUUUGCUAUUUUAUUUUGUCAAAAUAGUUGCUCUUGAGGUUGACAGAAUUGAUAUGUGUAACAUGAUGCGAUAUUGACAUAUGUUUGCCAGAAGUUAUUCUUUAAUAUCUAAGUAUGAUUAUGUUUCCUAACAAUAGUCUCAACGCCUGUUCUUUCGAAGCUUUACGCCUUAACAAUACAGUUGUAUUAUAUUAUUGUGUGUAUUCAUUCGACGAUACUCAUUAGUCAACAUAGGCUAACAUUGUUUGUAUGGAGUUUGAAAGUUUUGAUUCAAGAGCAAGAAAUUUUCACAUUUAUUCCAAGUUCCUGGUCAACAUCGAAACUUCUAUAUACUGAAAAUAUGUCGUGUUAUUAAUAAGGUCGAGAGAUUUCAACUGUAUAAUAUUUCCUUAUAUUAUCAUAGUAUCCAAUAGUAAACACUUAUUGUAUGGGUGUGAGGGAGAUAGCACUUUUAUCGUCCCCCGGGGCAUUAAGUAUUUCCCGGGGCGAAGUCGAGGGAAAUAGUUAAUGUCAAGGGGACGAUAAAAGUACUACUUCCAGAAAUACCAAUAAAAUAACCGUUAUAUUUUACCCACAUUUAAAUUAUUCCAUUUUGUUCAAGACAAGCAAUAAAAGCAAAGUCUGUUUCAAUGAUCAAAUUUAUUGUUAAUUCAAAAUCAACAACAAUAACAACAACUAAAAAAAAAA